UCCACUUCUCCUGAUUAACUCACUGCUUGACUUCCCCUCCCUUCAUCUUUCCACCCUUCCCAAACACCUGCCCACUUUCUGACCUCUCUGAUCGCAUCAUCCAUGUCCUCAUGACCCUCUAUGACCACUCCAGAUGUGUAUCGAGAUGCGGAAUACCUCGCUGACGUGUCCGGCUUAUCGCCCGGCCUCGUCGCCGGAUCUCCGUCCACCAGCAGCACCAGCGGCAGCAACGGCAGUUACGAUGAGCGCAUGAAAAAGAUCCAAUCCACCGCCAAGGUCGCAUUCAUCGAUCGGCUCCUCCGCGAUCUCGAUAUCCUCAUCUACUGCGAGCUCUCCGCGCUGUAUUAUAUGGAUUGCUCCAUCAUCCUCUUCGCCCUCCGCGCCAUCGUGCAGCUCAUCUUCUUCACCCCGAAAGCCCCGCCCUUCGACCCGACCCGGAACCAGCCCUUCGUCGGCGCCAUCUUCCUGAGUAAUCUGUUCUGCAUGCUCUGCCAUACCCUCUUCGCCGCGCCGGAAGCCGGCGAGGAGACCCGCGGGUAUAUCCACGGGGGCUUGUUCAUCGACUUCAUCGGCCAGAAGGCGCCCGUCCCGCUGAUUAGGCUGCUGUCCAUGGAUGUGUUGGUUCUCCUCCUGGAUUUGGUGAUGUUGGGGCUGGUGGUGGAGAGAGUCAAGACGGCCGAGGCGCAACAUCAACAACCGAGCGGUACGGCGACCUCAAGAAGUAAUAUCCUGAGUGCGAUCAUCAACGGGCUGGGGCAGGAUCACGAUUCCGAAGAGCGGGGUGUUCUCCGGGGUGCAGGCACAGCUCCUACUACAGAUGACCAGACCCAGGCCUUCGACAGUCGACGGCCUACGAGGGAGGAACGACCCGAGGAUCAUGACCAUGACACCUUGAUUGACGAACGGACCGAGUUGCUGGCCGACCCGGCCGAGACGGGCCUGCAUCUUGGGCGGAGCACGACCGCGGCGAAGGAUAGUCACCCCUUGGACCAGUUCGCCUCGGGCCAGGCGGUGAUCAUGGACGUGGGGCUGGUGGAUGUGGUCCGCGAGCAAUGGCGGUACACUCCGGCGACGGGGCGGAAUUCGUUGCGGUUUGCGAAUCCGCAGCAGGCGGCGGCGUUCAUGGCCGGGUUUCGCGAUGCGAUGAAUGGGCGGUCGGUGGAGCGGAAUGCGCAGACUACUGCUGCCACUGCCACUGCCACUGCUAAUAACCCCAAUCCCGCUCCCGAUGCCAAUGGCAUUGUCAGUGCUUAGAGGAGGGGCUUGCUGCUUUUCAUGGUCGCUUGGGCUGGUGUAGAUGCGGGGAUUCUCCUGUAUUGUAUAGAAUAGGUCAUAAUAUACCAAAUCUAUUUGUC